CCUGCCCCAGCAUCCCCUGCGCGGCGGAGCUGGGUGCCACGGGGAGUCUGGCCACCAUGCCACCUCCUCUCCUCCUCUUCUCCCUCCUCUUCUUCUUCUUCUUCCUUACCCCUGUGGAAGCCCGGCCCCAGGAACCAUACCUAGUAGAGGCUCAAGAGGGAGGCAAUGCUGUACUACCGUGCCUCGAACGUCCCUCAGAAGGCCCCCCUGAGCAGCUGGCCUGGUUUCGGGGUUCCCAGUCCACACCCUUCUUAGAGCUGAAACUAGGGUUACCAGGCUUGGGCAUCCAUGUGGGGCCCCUGGGCACCCUGAAGGAGCCCCAGGGAACCCUGCUCUUUAUCUUCAACGUCUCCGACCAGAUGGGGGGCUUCUACCUGUGCCAGCAAGGCCCCCCUCUUGACCAGUCCUGGCAGCCUGGCUGGACGGUCAACGUGAAGGGCAGCGGGGAACUGUUCCGGUGGAAUGCUUCAGACCUAAAUGACCCAAGCUGUGGCUUGGGGGCCAGGUCCUCAGAGGGUCGCAGGCCCUCUUCUAGUCACCCCACAAGGUCCAAGCUGUAUGUAUGGGACGAGGACCGCGCUAAGGUCUUACACACAGACCUCACAUGCCCCCCACCGAACAGCACUGUGAACCAGAGCAACAGCCACGCCUUGGCUCUCCCUGCCCCAGACCUCACGGUAGCCCCUGGCUCCACACUCUCCCUGUCCUGUGGGUCGUCCCGUGCCUCACUGGUCAGAGGCCCCAUCUCCUGGAUCCACGUGCGUCCCAAGAAGCAGGCCGUGACAUUGCUGAGCCUGAACCUGACGGAGGAUGCCCAGCUCAGGGAGAUGUGGGUCAUGGGCAGCCUCAGGGGAAAGGCUGUUCUGUUGCUGCCCGAGGCCACAGCUCAAGAUGCUGACACCUAUCACUGUAACCAUGGCAACGUGACCACCCAGAUGCGGCUGAAGGUCACUGCCCGGUCAGCAGUAUGGCAUUGGCUGCUGGAGACUGGUGGCUGGCAAGUCCCUGUUGUGACUUUAGUUUAUCUGAUCUUCUGCCUGGGUUCCCUGGUGGGCUUUCUUCAUCUUCGAAGAGCCCUGAUCCUGAGGAGAAAAAGAAAGCGAAUGACAGAUCCCACUAGAAGGUUCUUCAAAGUGACGCCCCCUCCGGGAAAUGGGGCCCAGAACCAGUACGGGAACGUGCUCUCCCUCUCCACGCCCCACUCUGGCACGGGACGCGCCCUGCGGUGGGCUGCAGGCCUGGGAGCCGCCGUGCCCUCCUACGGAACCCCGCGCAGCGACGUCCAGGAGGCCAGAGCCGCGGGGUCCCAGAGCCCGCCAGGAACCGGCCCAGAAGAAGAGGAAGGGGAGGCCUACGAGGAGCCAGACAGUGAGGAAGGCUCCGAGUUCUAUGAGAACGACUCCAACCUCGGGCGGGAUCAGCUCUCCCAGGAUGGCAGCAGCUAUGAAAACCCUGAGGAGGGGGUCUUGGGUCCUGAGGAUGAAGACUCCUUCUCCAACGCAGCUGAGUCUUACGAGAAUGAGGAUGAAGAGUUGGUCCAGCCGGUCGCCAGGACGACAGACUUCCUGAGCCCCCAUGGGUCAGCCUGGGACCCCAGCAGGGAGGCAACCUCCCUCGGGUCUCAGUCCUAUGAAGAUAUGAGAGGGAUCCUGUAUUCAGCCCCCCAGCUCCGCUCCUUUCGAGGCCAGCCUGGUCCCAACCACGAGGAAGAUGCGGACUCUUAUGAGAAUAUGGAUAAUCCUGAUGGGCCAGAACCAGCAUGGGGAGGAGGGGGCCACAUGGGCGCCUGGAGCACUAGGUGAUGUAUUUCAGGUGCAGUUCUGUCGAUGGAAACCACAUGUCAAACCGGCCAAGUAACAAGUCUGAAAGUACACAACGAGCACUUCACAGAGCUGGAAGUGGAUCCAGAAAUCUGGCUGCAGGUCUAGCCACUGUGCCUACCAUCUAAUAAACAGUCCUAAGCUACAAAGCAUGAACACAGACUUCAGAGCUAGAAGUCGCCAGGCCCUGAAACCAUCACUGUGUAGCAAGUGCCACCACACCCAAAUUCCUGUCUCAGGCAAAGGUGGGAUCGGUCACUCAUAGUCCUGGCAUCUCCUCCCUGUCUCUCCAGCGCCAGAGCUCUUCUGAAACCUAGGACUGACAUCUAAAACCCAGUCCCUCUCCUGCCCCAGAAGUUUCGAUGCUCUCUGUAAGACUACCUAGACUUUUUCAGUAUCUACAUUUUUUUUUCUAGAAUUCCUUUUCUUGAUGCUCCUAUUCUUUCUUCAUAAUGUCCUGUGUUUGUUCUUGAGACUCUAUUCUUUUUUUUUUUAAUCUCUGAAACUUUAUAGCUUACUUUAGCUGUAUUAAUGCUAUUAUGAUAUGCCAGGCAUUGCUCUAAUAAAUACUUUACAAGUAA